AGCCUUCCUUUUAUUUUUUUUAGAAGCAAUUCCAUCGGACUCCGUGUGGGUUGUGAAUUGCCUCCGACCAAGAGUGACUGCCUCGUCUAAGCUUUUGAACCCAAUGAGUCAUUAGUAAUCACAUGACUAACAACCCUUGAGACUUGAGUCAUUAGUUUUUUGGAUCUCAAACCCAUAAACAGCGUGGAUACAGAUAUUCGGUACAUCAACUUUUGAUUUGAUGGUGGUGGUCGACUUAUUGGAUGUCGCAAAUCUAGAGCUUGAGAGCACCACGUGAGUUGACUCGGCUGGGUCGCUAUUGUGAGCACCACGUGAAUUGGACGGUUGUUGAACCGGCAUGGUUUGGUGGAUGCAUGGUGACUGAUCGAUGGGAGGCGGCCCGCCCUGCUGUGUCUUGAUGCCUGAUGAAGAAAGAAUAGUAUUGUUCUCGGUGGAGUUGAAGCAGCCCAAGAAAAUGGAGACGCAGUAUGGACAAACUCACACAAUAUGAGCGUGUGUUCAAUCACUUUGAUGACAAUGGAGAUUCAAAGAUAUCACCCUCGGAGCUGCAGCAAUGUGUUGAGGCAAUAGGUGGGGAGCUUUUGCUGGCGGAGGCGGAUGCGGUGGUGGAGUUGCUGGACUCAGAUGGAGAUGGGUUGUUGGGUUUUGAAGACUUCGUGAGGUUUCUUGAAGGAGGGGAAGAGGAAGAGAAAGUGAAGGAUUUGAAAGAAGCAUUUAAGAUGUAUGAAAUGGAUGGUAGUGGAUGUAUUACACCCAAGAGCCUUAAGAAGAUGCUUAGUAGACUGGGUGAGUCCAGAACUAUCGAUGACUGUAAGGUGAUGAUUUCUCAAUUUGAUCUCAAUGGUGAUGGGGUCCUCAAUUUUGAUGAAUUUAGGGUCAUGAUGUCAUGAUUCUUCUUUU